GAUUUUUUCAAUGGCCAUUUGCAAUUUCAUAAUGAAGCAGCUUUAUUUGGCCUUGCUACUGCAACCGAAGAAACAAGAUGAGCCUGGGGCUUAUGCUAAUGCUUGAGAUUUCCUGCUACAUAGCAGCGGGAUUUCUUCUAGGCAUUUGGUGGAACGUAGACGCGGACUUCGCGCUCGUUCAUUCGGGGAUAUUGCCCAGAUCGCGGCAUCUGCAUCCCGAUUGGUUACGGUUUGACGUUCCUGUUGUUCGGAAAACCGUGUCGUCAUCGAGACCUGAAGAUCAUCAAGCCGCACCUAAACGGGGAGCCUUCGAAGUCCGAAAUUCGAAUACUGUCGAGAAUAUUAUUCCAAACGCAAAUAGAAAGGUAGGGGAAGCAGGGGAAAAGGGGACCGAGCCAACUCUAUUGAAAAAGGAUCAAGCAAGAAGCACUACUGCGCUGAAUGUUGAUCUCCCGGACAUCGACGUUGUAAAGGACGAAGAGGGAAGAACACACGAUCAGACAACAAUCAAUCAACAGCAAGGUGUUCUGGCUAUUCCCGCAAAGAUAAAGCACGAAGAGAAAGACGACGCUGAAAGAAAUCCUGGCAGUGGCUCGAGCAGCUCGUCGCUUUCAUCAUCUACGAAUCCCACGACUAGCAGUUCUCCCACAUCUUCGGAACAAGAUGAUCAUGUCGACAAAAACGAAGCGGCAAAACGCGCAUCGCAGUCCUCCGAGUCUGAAGAUGCGAAGGCAUCGAGGGAAGGAGACAUUGAGGUGUUCCGACCACAGCUGUGCCAGACAAAGAGGCAGCAACUUAUGUUGCACGAGGCAGAAACUGCCAAACACGAUGCCACGAAGGAACACGAGUUGUGGCCCUAUCCGUGGUACACGACAAGCCCCUACCGAAUCCCCUCGAAAGAAGAUGCUAUGGCUAGGGGUCAUUGCUUUCAUUAUCGUUGUAACUUUCAUCUCCACGACUGUUCUACUUGCUUGCUUCUUACUUGUUGGUCAUGUUGAAGAUGUUUGUCUUCUUACGUGAUUUUGUUUGAUAAGAAAUAGAUGAGAAAAAGUUUCUCUAAAAAGAGCAGUAGUGACAAAAUUUACAAGGCAGGCUCUUGGGGUGAAUCAACGUGCGUUGACGUAUCCGCGAAGUUUGAAGUGCAUUCCUUUCCUAUGGCUUGGAAUGGGCCGCUGGCUCGUCUCCAUCAGAUCGGCACUGCUGACAAAUACGACAAGCGUAGCCGGCGCCACAAAGGACGAAUCAUCCACGAUAAUUUGGAGUGGAAACCAUGGUGGAGGUGAGGAUGAGGAAGUUCCAGGAGAACAUGUUAUCAGAGCACAGAAGCACGAGCAAGAGUUGCCUUUAUCUUCUCGCGAAGAACCCACAAGAAGAAGUGCAAGAACCACCGGUGGUUUGAGAAUAGAACGUGCAGACCUCCACCUGCUGACAGGGGUUAAAACGCUUGUCAAGAAUGUUCAGGAGGACGAAGAUAGUCCAACUGAAGAGGAUAGCGCUUGGCCCGAUGAGGAGGCAGAGGAACGCCACGGAGACCAGGCGAAAGCGAGACUGGAGGACAAGAAUGCAGAUGAAAUGGACGAAGAAGAGAAUCAGAAUCUUGAGAUUGUUGAAAGCUUAGAGAUGCUGGCGCAGGACGUGAAGCGACAUGGCGAUCAUGCUACGGCCGAGGAGGAAGAGAUGACGUCUGAUAGUGCCAGCGAGGACGAGGAACAAAAGGAUGGAAAAUCAACAAGACGCUUAGCAUCUUCCUCAUCGUCUCUAACUGCAACGAGGAGUUUGACGACGAAGAUAAAUUGGUGUCCGGAUACUUACGGUGGAGAGUCGGUUGAAGUUUUGGAUGUCGCUACGAACAAGCACACCGAAGAGCAUACUGGAGACGGCGUCUGGGCAGUGAAGGCUGUAAAAAGUGUGGAUUUGUCAAUCAUUGUCACACCACUAUCGCAGUUUGCAGACCCAGACGUCAGUAUUUACGGACAAACCAUAUCUUCAGGCUCAGAUACCAGUGGAGAAGUUGCAAACUCUUCUACUUCCAGUACGCUCUCAUCAUCUUCAUCGUGCCGCUUUGUGCAACGAGCAAUGGACUUUGGGGGAGACGUUUUGCGACUGCCCAGAGGCGUCGCAGAGGAGGCUGGGUAUAAGCAGUACUACGUGCAUGUAAGAUGCAGCGGCUUCUCAAGCUUUUUCAGCCCCUUGGGUUUCGGCUCCCUGCUUUCCAGCUCAGGAUCCUCAUCGUCCUCCCCUAGCACAACGUCACCGCGAAGAAGUUUGGGAGAACAUCAACGAUCAUCAUUUUCUGAAGACCUCCGUGAUCUCACGUCGUCAUCUUCGAGAUCGUCCUCCUGCAAAUAUCACGUAUCGAUUACGGCUCAAAGUUUUACGGAUGAAAUCGUCGGAACAAGAUCCGGUGUGGCCUAUCUUGGAGUUUCGCAAAAUUUUGUGUAUAAUGUCCCGAAAGAUACUGGCAGCGGUGCGCAUCUCACUGUGAGCCUCUAUCCUAGAGAUGCUAUUGCAGUACAGCAUGGCGGGCUCAAACUCCUGGUGAACGACAACGAAAUUGGCAGUACAAAAACGAGUUUCGGGAAGUACUCAACUAUUUUUUAGACCCUGGAGAACUGGGACUGGGUCCCUAUGUACUUACGUACAACAUUUUCGUUUUCCUAUGUGGGUCGUUGUUGAUGUAUUGCACAUUGUUUAGAUAUGAGGUGACCCCGAGCCCGAGGGCAAGGGCAGGACGAGGGGGCUCCAUUUGGUAGAUCCAAUAAACAUCUUUUUUUUUACCUUACUAGCAACCUGCGCCCAAAAACUACCCAUUAUUCUUUUUGUUUCUCCUCCUUAAAUACUUACAGUUACCGUGCUCAGCCAGGCUGGUUUGGAGGAGAAGUCGUCAACGUUCCUGUGCUCGAUAAGAAGUCCGUUUAUUUCUCGGUUUUGAAGAAGAAGCUGAAGGACCCAGUGCCUUUCGUCCUCAGUGUCCAGCUAAACGAUGGACCAGUGAAGCUAACGCCGCACGCACCCGUGUGGGACCUUGUCUCGAAACGGCAGACGAAGUACUACACGCUGGAAGUUACCAGGCCAAACCUAGAUGUGUCCGUCUACGUCACUCCAGUUACCGGCGAUCCGACACUAGUGUGUGAUGCUGGACUCAAUAAGAAGCCGCGACCAGGGAAUGCGAUGUGGGAAGAACAUCAUCCGGGAGGUGAAAGUCUUUACAUACUUUUAAGGCUUGUACUAGGUUUAUUGUCUAUCGUGAUACAUAGAUGGACAUGGACAUUAUUGAAGUUGACGUCCACCAUGUCGCAUUAUUGAUGAUGACAUGGAUAACUUGCUUGUAUGGAAGAAGAGUGAAAUUUGUAAUCUGAUUCUCUUCAGACUUCCUUGACGUAUAAUGCCUAUUUAAUACCAUGGUGUUCGGCCUCCACCUUAACUUUGGUUUUAUCAGUUCUGGUCACGAAGCAUCCUCUAAUCUUGGCGAACGAUCCAAAGCGCCUGCGCGCUGGAUUAGAUAAACCGGGAAACUUCACGAUUGGAGUGUAUGGGACGACGUCGAGUACCUAUUCCUUGAUGGCUAUUCUGGACCCGCAUGUUGAUCCUACCAGCGAUGAGGGCAAGGCGGACCAGGCGCUGGGCCCCACUCCCAUGUGGAGCGAAUUGUAUCUGGGAAUGCCGCAGCGAUUGAGCGUGCGUCAAGGAAAAACAUCUCAUACGCUAUUCUUCAACAUGCUGGACCGGAAGUAUAUAGAGGUCGUGGUUUCCGCGGAUCGGCUGCGUCCGCCGUCGUCGUCUGAUACAUCCGUAAGUAAAUCUUCAAAUGGAGGCGCAGUCCCCGGUGCCGGCGUUGACAUUUGCAUCACCAAAUGCGGAACCGAUCCUCAUAAUUGCGCAGAGAAAAGUCCGUUUGGUGCAGGCACGACUCCGAAUUCAGAAGCAAACCCGUCAACUGGAAAAGCUGCAAAGGCCGCAUCCUCGAGUUCUGGGGACGGUGCCGAUGAAGCAGAAGGAACAUCUACGACGACCACUGUCUCACCCAGAGCAAAGCGCCGCCGCGGUCUUCGGGAAGGUGAUGAGUCCAAAAGCGCUGCUGUUACUAAGGAGAACAUGGAUUGGUCUGGGCUCUCGCCUACUGGCCGCAAUGUGAGUGUCGCAACCUGCGUGACCACGAUUAAAGCUGCAGAUACGGUGAGUGGUCCCGUUCACGCUUUGAUACCAAACCCAUGUCCGCAAUGUUGGUACGCUCUUCUUGCCACGCCGGGUAAAGGAACAAGUGCUUCUUCUGAAGGAACGAGUUCGAGUAGCAGCUCGAGCUCUAGCAGUACGCAAACACAAGGUCGUACGGAUUUCACGGUGACGAUGUCUGCAUCGGGAUCUGAGUGGCACCCGUUGACAUUGAAAGAGCCGUUUUGGGGUCAUGUGGACGCAGGAGGAGCCGACGUAAAGCUCUCUUUCGAGCUGUUUGCAUCUGACAUCGCUGGUACGUCGUGCAAACUGCAAUUUGAACUCGUUCCCCUACAUGGCACACCGCAAAUGACCAUCACGGAACUGACGAAGGAAAACGAUGAGACGAGUACCGAAGAAGACGAAGACUCGUCAAGUUCCGCAAGUACCGAGUUGAGCAGUCGAAAAAAGACUUUAGCGACUAAAGUGGAUAGUGUGUUCGAGACUGCGGAGAUUACCAGCUCCUCUCUGACAUCUGAUUCAUCUUCUUUGGCGGUCGGGGCCAAGAAACCGAGUAAACGGAGAGUAUUCCAGAUCCGAGUACGCGCAAAAGGGCCGCAGCAUGCACAGUUUCGACUGGUUGUCGUCAGAAAGGGAGAGGCGUCGUCUGGCGUGAGCAGCUCAACGUCUGGCCAGAAGGCAGACGCGACGAAACCGGAGUUCUGGUCUGACUUGCCCAUUGUGGCGGUUGGAGAAUCCAAAUCGGGCUUCUUGACAUUACCAGCUGGCGAACCCGAAUUUUCAGCCUUUUUCGUUGACGGGACGCAGAGUGAAUCUGUGUUGUUAGCGACUGAUCCGCCGCUACCAAUCUUAGGAAAUAUUUUACAUGACUUUGACUUCUGCUUUCAACAUUGACUUUUGAAUCCAUUUGGAUUCGUCAUAUGGUUCAGGAAAUGAGGGAUGCCCUGCUAAGAAAAUUGAUCUUGCCGCAAUGUGACCACUCGUGUUACGACAUCCUGUGUCAGAAUCACAACAGUUUUUUCUUCUUCUUCUUCUUCUUCUUCUUCUGAGGGGUCUAACAAUUGCAGUCGAGGUAGCGCCCAGCGAGUUUGCUCCCGGUGGCGCAGCCUCGGCAUCAGUUAGUCAAAGCAGUGUGGCAAAGCUUCCUAGUUUAGGCACGAGUCCCUGGCGCACGACCCUCAAGAACAAAGCGGAUCCUGGCGGUGACCCUCUUGCGGAGACGCUUGUGAUCAAGCCGCAAGACAGCCAGUAUCAGAAAAACAAGGGAGCGUAUUACGUCGUUGGUGUCUUUCCAAAGCUGCAUCAAGGGAAUAGUUUGGGCGAUUCUGCAUCUUCAUCUUCUAGCGGGGGCGCAGCUGGAGGCGUUCGCUACCGUUUGCAGGUUCGUUCUUUCAAGGAAGACGUUUUCAACGAGCUGCUGCCUGAUCAACCUGCGAUACGGGGCUCCAUCGAAAAAAAGGAGGUUAUCAAAUACGCGUUGACGAUUGGGCCACCGCCUGCUGGGACAAAGCACCGCCGCCACAUAGUGCUUUCUUUGGUAGUGUUCUCGGGUGAUGCCGACCUCUACGCUGGCUUUACGAAGAGCGUUUCGCGCCAGCACCACACUUUUGCCAGUUCGAGGUACGGAUCGGAUGCAAUUUUCAUCACCGGCUUUUCCGAUAAAAACAGGUGUGCUCCGAAGUUUGAACGCGGAGAGGACUGCGUGCUGUACGUUUUAGUCUACGGCUAUGGAAAAGCGACGACUUACGCCCUUUCGGCGACCACACCCGACGGCAAGCCAGUGGAGCUCUUGUCGACUCUAGAAGGCAAGUUAUUGAAGGGCAUGCGGCAAUUUUACUAUACCGAUUUCUCCUCUGCGGCUGCCAGUGCUGCGAGCUCGUCUUCGUCCUCUGAUACUGUGGCCCGAGUCUCUAUCGUGCCCCAGAAGGGCGAUCCGGAUCUUUAUUGCGUUCUUACCGACUUGGAGACCGCAAAGGACCCACCUGCGGAGUUCGCAGACAUCAAGACCAUGCGGAAGGCACAUGCAAUGUACAAACGGUACGCUUCUUUCAAGGCUAGUGGCAAUGAGAUCCUUCGUAUCGCUCGCUCGGAUUGUCCAGCUGCAAGCCAUGAAUUACGCCAGCUUUCUAAAGACCAGAACGGGAUCAAGGACACAGAAAGUGAUCGCCGUCGGGACGACGUUUCUUGGCCGUGGUUUCUGAGCAGGCUGCUCAGUGUUGGAAGAAGUAGAAGUGCGGAAGUACAUGUAGCGCUGGAUGAUUCGAAAAUACCGUCGGUUACUCUUGUUGCCGAUGGCCGUCACCUUGCAGAGCCAGAGGGUACUACGGCAAUCGCGAGGUCAAGGAGCGUUUCAACACCCUCCACGUUAGAAAAACCCUUACCUUCUUGGAUGGGCCAGUUGUAUAAGAAGUUUGCUGCAGCGGCGAAGCGACCUACAUGGAACUGGCUUGCAGAGAAGCUGCCUCCAGAGGACUAUCUUAGACGAGAGAUGGGUAGUACUUCCAAGAAGUGUGCGAUUUUUUGUGCUGUUUACGCUUUCUCCAACACGACGUACCAGAUAGGCGUCACGUUUGAAGAAGACAGCAGAUCUUCCACGACAAGUAGUAGUGAAUCUGGAUCGUCUUCGUCAUCGUCUUUAUCGGGUUCGUCCUCUUCAGGCAGUUCGUCGUCCUCAAGUGCGUCAGCGUCUACUAGUGGUGUAACAGCGUUGACUUCCGGCGUGCCCUCAAUCGGAAUGGUCCUCAAGGAUUUGCAUACUACAGAGCGAUUCCGAUUUCGCACUUCAGAUCCGAACGCGCUGAUCACGGUGACCCCGCUGAUGGACUGCCACGUUGUCACCAGCAUCAAGGGUAUCGAUUACCACAGAAGACAAAUACCCUUGACUGGUCUCACAGCUGGUGAAUCGCUGCUGGUCAAAGUCAGCCUAGAUCCAGAGAGGAGGAGUGAGCUGCUCUGCAUGUUUGAGGUAAAAGCACAGUCUGGAGCGGGCAGCGGGAAUUUUUUGGGAUCGUCCGAUAGUGCAUCUUCAUCGAGCCAUACGUCCUCUGGGGACAGAGGCAAAACGCUAGAUGGAGUCUCUGGUAAUCUCACAUCGAAGUAAGUACUUAUUUUUUGAACUUACCACUUCCACUGAUGGUUUGACUUUGAUUCAAUUCAGUAGACCGAAUAAAACUUCCCUGCACUCCUGAAAGUUUUUUUCCAGUGCUGCGUGCAGGAAUUUUGCAAUGAGAAAUGCUAUUGCAGCAGUCGUGUAGUAUUUUCGAAAAAAGCUUGUCGUUGUACCACUACAAAAGCUCCUGUUGUACUUGCUUUUUGCAACUACAUAUGGAUAUUCCUCUAAUCAAUAGCACAGAAUGAAUGCUAAAACAUAUGGACCUACAAGAGAAAAAUAUCGCAUCACCAUCGAGUACAUUAUCAGGCUCUUCCUCGUCCAGCGCAACGACAAGCGGACCUCUUUUUCCGACGUUGUACACCGAAAACGAUAGCUACAAGAAGGCUAAGCUUAGCCGGCUUGCUAAUGGCAUCCCGUUCAUUGGCAGCACUGCUGUAGGAAAGGGGUUUGAGGAGCAAAGAUUCAUCUAUUCGCCCGAAAAUUGCGAUCUGACAGAGAUUCGCAUAGUGCCAUUUAGUGGGGAUAUGCUGGUUUUCCGCAAAAAGCCUGGAAGCACUGACUCCGGCGCCGGAACCGAGGUCUGGUACUCUGUACCACGUGGUGUUGUUGAUGAUGGGUCAGGCUCCGCGGCUGCGGCUGGUGGAAGUUCAUCUAGCUCUACUUCAUCGGACGGCUCUAGAAGCUCGUCCUCGAGUACCUCCAGGAGUGGCAGUGGAGAUGAUAACAAAGGGUCCUCUAGAUCCUCAAUCAAUGCGGACAUCGCAGCGUCAAAAAACAGCCUACUUGAAUACUUCGUGCUGAAGCCUGGACGAGACAAGAAUGGGCAGUGCGAGGAUAUGAAGUUUUUGGUUCGAAGAAUUCACGGAACUAUGUAUGCCGAUUACAGCGUCACGGCAUUCGAGGAUGGGGCUGAUAGACCACGCUUCGAAACUCUUCCGUCUGAUGUUCCGGUAUCAAAUCUUGUAAUGUUAGAUAUUUAUACAUAUUUAUAGAUUGUUUGCCGUGAUAUUCUGAUUCCAUUCGAGAACGCGUAAAAAAAUGCUGCCAGCAGAUCCGCUACAGGCAUCGUAUAAACCUACCCCUAGUUGUAGCGCUUCCCAGGCUCUCCCUCUCCAUCAUGUUCUUCAACCUGAGCGCAAUUUCUCCGUUCUCCUUCUCUUCAUCAUUCUCAAUUUUCCACUCCUCUCUGAAUCGUAGAAACAUACAAAUUAUUUCCAACCUAUGCAGUCGUACAUGCAAUUUCCGGGAAAGACUCGACGAUUCUCUCUUUUCGUGAAUUCGGCAGUGACAAAACAAACACUGAAGCUGCAGUGCAGACCGCAUUGCGCAGGCAUGGAACUAUCCGCAGGCAUGACGCCAGACGACAAUUCGGAGAAGAUUAAGGCUUCUCCUAAUCCAUCUUGGCAGACAUGAUCCUGAGGAGGGUUUUCAAGGUAAACAAAAGGCAUUUAGGAUGCAUCUCAAGGUGGAAGAUUAGGGCGAGCUCUAAACAGACGUGGAAAACAAGCGGAAGGGAGGAAGAUCAAGUGCUCACUCUCAGUCUUAAAGACCAGUCUAAGGUACUAGUACUUAUGAUCACAACUGUAAAAAGUUAUUGACAAUUUUCUGGAAGUCGAAUGCGUACCGUAACCUUCACCUGUGGAAGUGUUCUCUGGUUCUGGUUAUUUUGGAAAAUAUAUACAUUGAGAUAGACAAGAUAGUAGAACAAGAACGAGUCUCAUUGUUCACCACAACAUGAUAAAGAGGCGAAUACUUCUCAUCUCCAUUAAGAAAUCAAUAUAUCAAUUCAGAGCCGCAACUAUGGAUUUUACCCGCGUGUCGUUUAUGCUUGGGUUUCACAGCGGAACGACGAAAGCCAUGGCGUUCUGGUUCACGCCUCUCUCGUCGCUACAUCGGACUCCGUGUUCGAGCUCUUGCUGGACGGCGGAGAGGCUGUCGUCGAGGUCGCGCGGCCGAACGAGCCAGCCUACUUCGCUUUCGAUGCGCCGAGGGCUACUCCUCUGCUGACCAUUAUCGGAAAACUGCCGUACGACGAGGAAAAUGACCUCUACAACACAAAAGUGCAGAUGUGGGUCCAGGACUGUGUAGAUCAGGCCCAGUUGCACAUCGAGGAUCCGGAAAGCCUACCAGGAUCAAAGUCGCACGACGUGGUCGGCCGAUUGAACAGCAGAAAUCAGCUCGUCGCCUUUGUGGACAAUAGCCAUAAACCGACGACAACUGCAGCCACUGGAAAAACGAAACCCCUGUUAUGAAAACAAAGUCGAAAGACUGAUUCAAUGUUACAAUUCGAUCAUUUUUCAUUGUGAUAUCGCCUGCGUCAGACGAUCUACAUCACGCAAGUUAGUAAUUUCAAACUUUACUGCAGAAGAACAGGUAGUCGUAGAACUUGCACUCAGUCAUCUAUUUGGUCCGAUAGAUGCGGGGUAAAGAGUUAUAUUGUCUUUUUCAUCUUCCAGCUCACUGAGCAAGCAUUGUUUCUAUCGUGUGGGCAUUACGACCUCUCGGCCUGGUCCAGUUCGGGUAACCGUUCGCGGUGGCACAACACGGAAAAACGCGCCGCUCCGCGUGAAUGGCCCUAGCCAGGUUGGAAUUUUACGUGAUAAAUAUCCGGAGUCCUAUAUCUUGGUAAACCACUUGACGAGGGAGGAACUACGCAAGGCGAAAGUCCUCGUACACUACGAGCCUUGUCAAGGAAAGAUAUCCCCGCAUCGACCACCGGUGGAGGAAAUGCUUAUGUCGAAGAUGCACAUGCAUAAAUGUUGUAGUAGUCGACGUUAGUUGUAAAUGCUCUUGUAAGUAGUUGAUCAUGAUCAUAUUUGUCCUUUGGAAAUCAUGCUCGUUGAUAAUAUUGUCGUGGUAGCUAGUCUAAGGCUGAGCCACACCGUACAUGUCACAUGAUGAGUUUUGUCCGACUAUGAAAAGAAAAGGCCCACAGAUGUGAGUAUGAGAACAGCAAGUAAAGAGCAGGAGAUAAAGUAGCCUUCAUUUGUGCGGGAGACAGUGACGAACCAAUCAAGCUCGCAUGCGAGGGCGAUAAUUGUAAGGGACGUUUCCUUCUGCGUGCAACGUCAAUGGCGAAUAGCUGGGAGUACAGGCCCGGGAAGUUGAGCAAGCCGGAAAAAGGUAAUGAGUAUGGCUUAUGUUAUGUGAGUCAGCCGAUCGCUAUUCGAACAGGCGCAUUAUUAAUACAAGUAGUAUUAUAGAUACCUGGACCCCGCCGGCUCCGCCAUUUCGUAGUAAGCACACCAUGAUUUUGACUACGACAUGCGGUUUUUGUAUCUGUCGUAGUCGUGGUGAAAAUAUGAAGAUGAAGAACUACGGUGAUCGAGAACGGUCACAUUAGAUGAAGCAUAGUAUAGAUAAAUAAGCACAUCGUUAUCGUUUUCAUGCAGGUUGGCGACAUGGUAACUACGAGUUAGAAUGGACGGUUCCCCGUAGACGACAUUAUCAAUCGGACCAGAGGAAAAACGAGGCGUUUGGUGAGAUUGUUGAGGAUGUGUGGUAUGAAGUCUUCAUUAUUCCCGUCAGUACGGAGAAGCCCAUUUUCGACGACUUCCAUCCAACUUCAUGCGGCUGUUACAACAUGAUCGGGAAAGUGCCAGGGGUGCAGAGACAGGUAAUAAAAGAAGAUGAAUUAAAAUCUAAAUUAGAUGAAUUUCAAUUCGCGCUUCUUGUCAUAGUGCAGAGUACUUGUUCAUGUUGAGUUUCUUUAUGACAACUGUCCAUAGCAAACAGAAUAUUUCAUGCAACAAUUACAGAUGUUCAGCAGUAAAGACUUGUCGUUUCCAACGGCCGAUACGGUAAAGGCGAAAUUGACUGCCCACUAUGCGCCUGCACGUGGCGAACAUUUCGAUUUCGUCCUCAUAGCGAGGGACGGCCAAACAGACGAAAAGUUUGCCUAUCCGAAGGUCUCUUUAGUUAUGCUUUUGAAGUUUUUUCCUAACUAACUUCGAGUUUUUUCAGGCUGGUUGAUGAAAAUCGAAAAAAUACUUACAUCAACGUCAAGAAAGCGUCAGUUAUAACGAGACCAAAAAUAAUAAGACGGAAUUUGCUUUUUUGACAUUCUCUAAUCUUCCGGACGAUGAAAGUGACGGCGUCGGAGACUUCACUGGCGACCCUCUUCUUAAUCCAACCGCGAAGUACGGAAACGCCUUUUCGGACCUGGCAUCUCAGCCUGCGAGUUUCCUUUCACGGCUGAGUUUCGUCCUCUUUGUUCUCUUCGUAAUCCUCACUUCACUGUGCGUCUGCGUGCGCUACGGCAGGUGCAUGGUCAUGGCAGUGGCAGACUUGGGCUCCCGCUCUUAUGCCUUUUGUAUACUAACUUGGCUAGUAGCAUUACACGUCUAGUAGUGGAGCUGCUCGUGCUAGUGUUGUAAGUAAAAGUCAUGCAGCUCCUGUAGUCGAUUCUUCUGGUUGAUCUUCCUCUUUAGUUCUUGUUGAGAAUUUUUUCGAAACUGCGAGUUUCUCUUUCUAAUCUCUGAUCGCACGAAGUCAUCUGGGGUACGCGCAAGGUCCUACAUCCGUCUUUGAACUGCGGCCAACAGCGGAUGUUCCUGGUGGUGGAGCACCGAUGCGAAGCGGUUACGAACCACCGAACGCGAUUGGUGUUGGAUAUAACAGGAUUGAGUAGAAUUAGAAGGAUGUCUCGUAGCCUUGGAGCUAGUGCACAGGCUAUGUCGAGAGGCGAACACAAGAGGUGGACACCUGUGGUUUCAAAGAGCAGCCUUUUUUGCUUCCUGUUUCGGAGGGCAAUGGAUUGCAGCUCGGUUUCCUUUAUGUUUUCCUUUGCAUCGAAAAAGAAAAUUAUAGCAUUAAUCAAAAAAUAGCGAGAUUGAUAGGAUUGAAAUUUUGUUUGAAUUUUUUAAACCGAGGUUGACCUUGACGCAGAGAUUGAAACAAACAUGACGAGGGGAUACAUUUAGUGUACGAGUUUUACCUGCUGACGACCUGGGUAUGGGUAACUCUAACUGUUUUACGUGCGACUACUUCGAUCAAAAAGCAAUGACAGAAAGGACCAUUUCGUUUCUCGUGCUAAAGCAAUCUACGUGGCUUGCUUCUCACUAAUGAACAAGAGACUAAAAGGGAACAGAAGUUGAAAGUAAAGGAAAUCUGAAGGGCUUCAUAGUGGUUAGAUAUUCUACGAAAUUAUGUUGAUAAUAUUUUUUGCUGCAACUUUAUUCUAGGCGGACGACACCAGUUUACGAAGUACUUACCUGUGUUGCCGUAACCGUGAGACUAUGUUAUAUUUGAUAUGAUCACAGACACAGGAAGAGAAGUGGAAGAUUAUGAUUACGAACCAGAAAUUGAUUAAUGAGCGUAUGCACGGCCACUGAUUUAGGGAAUACGAAGAAGAACAACAAGAUUCAAGAGGUCAGAGGUCUGGAUUUUGUCCACCAUAUUUGAAGCUGUGCCUUGCUCUAGGUGGGCUUAGG